UCAUAUAUUUUAGAUAAUAAAUAUUAAUAAAUGAAAGUCACUCUUGCUAUCUUGUUGUUAGUAAGCAUUGCUUCUGCAACAUCAACACAUGAUCAAAUUAUGGCCUUACUUUAAACAGGCACAAAAGCAAUGGAUGCCAUUGAUACAGUGUUUGGUUUAUUGAAUGAUCUUAUUCAAUCAAAUAAAGAUGCUUAAUUUGCUGCAGAUUAAAAGAAUGAAACAGAUGAAUGGGUUGGUGCACAGUAAUUUUAAAUUUUAAAUAUAGAACAAUUGAAUAAUUUACAAAGAUCAAAUCACUCAAUUAAAAGUUGUUCUAAUAAUCAAUUGAAAACAGAGUUCAAUUUGAAUAAGAUUUAUAAGACACUAAGAAUUAUCUUGCUUGGAAUGAAUAAAGAUAAGAUGAGAUUACAAGAAAAAUUGAUGUUCUUCUUGAUGAAUAAUGUCUUAGUAACUAAUUAUUUGUGAGAUCAAUAAAACAAAAUAGAGAAGCUCUUGAAGUUGUUAGAGUACUUAAGCAAGAUGUUGCUGGUUACAUUAUCAAUGGUGAUUCAUUUGAAUUAGUCCAAGAGAAAACCACAAGUGUUGCUGAAAAACUUAAAGCAUACAGCAAUCUUUUCAAUGAAUAAGAAAUUAAAACAUUCUUGAAUUUAGCUUAAACCUAAUAAGAAGAAGGAGUAAGUAGAGGAGCUACAUUAGCUGAAAGAGUCCUUGCAGUUCUUGAAUCACUUGAAACAAAUCUUUAAGCUUCCCUUGAAGCUCUUGAAGUUAAUGAAAUUAAUGCCUCAUGGGAAUUGGCUGGAUGGGUUUCAUUGAGUGAAGCAGAAGUUGCAAAUUUGAAAGUUGAAUAUGAAAGAAAAUAAGUUUAUGCUGACAGAUUAGCAACUGUAAAAAUUAGAUUUUAAUAUAUUAGUAAAUCUAAGCUGCCUUAGCUUAAUAAGCAAAAUCAAAGAUCAUUUUACAAGAAUCCCAAGAUGCUCUUGAUUAAGCCUAAUCAGAUUUAGAAAACAAGAGAGCUGAUUAUGCUGAAGCUAAAGCAAAGAGAGAUGAGGAAAAUGCUAUCUUAGAAGAGGUUAUCAUCAUGUUCAAGAAAUAAGUUGCUUCAUGGUCUGGAAGAUGAUGAAUAUAACUAAUAAAGUUAUUACAAAAAAACAGCAUUUUGG